AUGCAAAUCCGGACGGGGCAGGCUUUGCAGACUGUGUGCGCAGCUCUAUUGCUUCUGGACAUCUGUGAGGCAGGCUACUCUUGUCCAAAUUAUGGCGAUAUCCGGCAGCCAUCAGUGGCCCCCAAUAUGUUCAACAUUUCCAGCUUUGGUGGUACAUGGUACAUGGUCGCUACGACUGAGCCGACGAUGCCUCACUUCUGCACUUGCAUUCACAACGAAGUGCAGAUCCAUGAAUCCGAAGGCUGGUAUGAUUACACAAGCCAUGCGACAUGUGACGGAAAAUUCCCCAUUUCGGUGCCGGUGAAAGGGGAGUUGUCGAAAGACCCAAGCAGUCCGGGGCUGUUGCGUGAGAAUUUUGGUCUGUUCAACCACACCAUGACAAGUCUUGAUCCAAACAUGAUCUUCGAGGCGCAGUACAACGAACGUGGUGAGAUGGUGCUGGCCAUGACCUACGCAUGUUUGGGAAGGCUCCUGCCAGUUCCUCCAAUCGGGGAGCCGAAGUUCUCUUUCAACGUGUUGUCUCGUCGCAGAAACUGGACUAACAGCGAGCUCCGGGAUCUUGUCGCGAACGCUACUAAGGCCACACAAGGCCUGUUGGAUGUGGCGAACGUGCGCUUUGCAGACCAACAGACAUAUGAUUCCUGUGCGUCAGACAUCAUUGUGUGA